UAUGGUCUGUACACCCGGACCAGACUCGGCUACUGGUUCUACAAGAGGCAGCUGAAGAAAGCGCGAGAUCGGUACCCACACGGACACUCUUCCACGCAGGCGAUCGUCUUCAGCGGUGUGAAAGUGGUUCCCAUCCCCGUCCUGUCCGAUAACUACAGCUACCUGGUCAUUGACACCACAUCCAGCCAGGCAGUGGCCGUGGACCCCUCAGACCCCGUUGCUGUACAGACAUACCUGGACCGAGAAGGUGUCACUCUGGAAGCAAUACUUUGUACCCAUAAACACUGGGAUCAUAGUGGAGGUAAUAAAGCUUUGAAGAAACAUUACAAGUCAUGCCGGGUGUAUGGGAGCGCCUUUGAUGAAAUCCCAGAACUGACACAUGCGCUAUCUGACCGGGAUCAGCUUACCGUUGGGCGCCUGCAGUUUCAGGCCUACUUCACACCUGGUCACACGGUCGGUCACAUGAUCUACGUGCUGGAUGGCAAGUCUGGGGACGGACCGGACUGCCUGUUCUCAGGGGACCUCCUCUUCCUCGCGGGCUGCGGGAGAAUGUUUCGAUCCUCAGCACAGACAUGCUUUCUCUGGGACUCCUGACAUUCUCUCUCAAUGUAUAGCACGCUGCUCCUGCCUUGACAUGAGUAUGCCGUAGACAAUCUGAAAUUUGCAGAAGUGGUGGAGCCUGAAAAUGCUGUGCGCGACCGGAAGUCCCAGUGGGUCAAUCAGCAAAGGCUGGAGAAGAAGUGUACGUGCCCGUCCACCAUAGGUGAAGAGAAGGAGUACAAUCCAUUCCUGCGGACGCAUUGCAGGGACUUGCACAUGGCGCUGGACCUCCAGCGAGGGGCGGAUGAGGAAUGGAGUCAUUUUCGUGCUCGAGUGUUAGAGGAGGUCCGACGAAGGAAAGAUCUUUUCAAGGAACGAUAG